UAAUUAUAGCAGCACCACCUGUUAAUGCAGGAAAUAUUCAGUUUUACCCCAACCAAGGCAAUGCAGAUUUACCUGGAUGACAGACAACAAUAAGUUAUUAGUAGAUCUGAAUUUUAGUAAAGAUGGUGUUCACAUACACAAGAUCACAUCAACAUAAAAUACCUUUCCUUACCGUGUUGCUAUACCUCAGAAGCAGAAGCAGCCACUUUACUUUCUUUCAAACUGACCUUGGCCCUGGGGCACCUUUGAAGGAAAAAGUUCUACUGACAUGACAUUGCGUGACACACUCCUGGGCUUUUUCCAUUAGCACUGGGCAUCAGUGGGACUAAGAUUGUGUAUGUCCCACACCAGCAGGGUGCAUCAUGGCUACACUUCUGUGCCUCACGGGGACUCACACAGCUCUUAUAUGCUUUGAUGGUUUGUCUUUCAUGCCGGCCCUCUGACAUACAACACUCCAGAACAGGACUUUACUUUGUGGGAGUUCUCACCCCUCUUAACACUUUUAUUUAUUUAUUUUUUUUAAAUGGCAUCAUUUCUGAAAGAGAGACCAUGGUGAGGAAAAAGUGUCUGAAUCAUGGUUUUUUGGGCUUUUAAUUAUUAGUGAAAAUGUUUAUCAUCAGAAGUAUCGGUGUAACAUCAUGAUUAACAUUAUCGGCCAAUAAUGAUUAGUGACCGAUAUUAUGGUGCAUCCCUAACCAGUAAAGCCCCCUUUUUUGUCAGUUCCGCUUUGAAGAGGAACUCUUUCGGGACCAUAUAAAUGUUUGAUGCUUGAAUUUCCUCAUUCAUCAAGACAAGACAAGAGAGGACAGUGGUUAAGGCUCUGGCACCGAGGUUCAGAUGUGACUGUAGUUCCAGUAUAAAUUAAAAGACUUGGUGGAAAAUGAUGCCCCAACAAAUCAGUUGCCUUGUUCUUCUGAUGAUGGUUAAAGCUGUUACCUGUUACUCAGUCAGUUAUGCAGAAAUAGAAACAACCUCCCUGAAUGCCCUUGUGGGGACAUGUGUGGAGAUCAGAUGUAAAGUCACUGGAGUUUUACCUGAUGAAGAUGCUCUGUGGUUCUGGAUGAAGGAUGGAAAACGGAAUGGAAGUAAAAUUGGUUACACUGGCACUAUUGUUUACAGUAACAAGCCCAGAGAACUCCCCAUCAGUCCACAGUUUAGAGGCCGAGUCACUUACACUGGAUCUACACGAUUACAGAAUACAGCCUCAUCCUCCAAUAAUCCAUCAUGCAGUGUUAGAAUCUGUGAUCUGACAGAACAGGACAGAGGAGUGUAUUUUUUCAGAUAUAGCCUUAAAAAGCGCAACUUUAAAUGGACUACAAAUAAUGCUGUCAUUUCAGUCACAGACCCAUGUCCAAUCACGUUCAACAAACCAGAACCUGUACAAGAGUCUCAAACCAUCACUCUCACAUGUUCUACUCCGAGUUCAUGUUCUGAAAACUUGGAAAUUCAAACUGUUCCUCCGUCUGGUUUAAGAACAUCUCAGUAUGGUUACAGUUAUUCUGCUACUGCAUCCUACAGAGCCUCAUGGACGGACGACGGCAAAGAGUUCACCUGUCAAACACGAGGAAACAAGAACCCACAGCUGAUGAAGAAGAUCUCAAUCUCAGUGGAGUAUUCUCCUCAUGGAACACAGGCAGUAAUGAGCUCCACUAGUGUUAAAGAGGGUCAUUCUGUAACUUUGACUUGUUCGGCCAAAGGAAAUCCGGCCCCAGUCUUUACCUGGUACAAGAACAACCAGAGGAGGUCCUCCUCUCACAGUGGAGCCAUUUGGAAAAUUGACUCAGCUCAGACUGAACACAGUGGAGAGUAUGUUUGUACUGCUCAAAACAAACAUGGGACAGAAAGAUCCAACUCUGUCCACAUAGAUGUUCAGUAUGCACCUGUUGUAGAGGUGAGAGUGUCUUCACCUCAACCUCCAUAUAAACAAGACCAGACACUUACACUCAGCUGUACUGUGAUCCGGAGCAACCCCCAUCCUCAUAGAUAUAACUGGUAUAAAAAUGAUCAGAGAGUGUCCUGGGGACAGACGUAUGUUAAGACUCUGCAGCCUGAAGACAGUGGCUCUUACACAUGCUCCGCUGAAAACACUGUGUCCUCUGCAAAGUCAGGACCACUGCAGAUAGAUGUUGAGUACAAACCAAAGAACAUCAACAUUGAAAUAGUUGGUCAGAGCAGAGAAGUAGCAGUGGGUCACUCUGUGACUCUCAAAUGUAACAGUGAUGCCAACCCUCCUCCUCACACAUACUACUGGUAUAAAGGCAGUCAAUAUCUUCAGAGAACAACUGAAAACAGACUGGAGCUGAAGAAAGUGCAGAGAGCAGACGAGGGCUGCUACAUCUGCAAAGCUGCCAACAAACACGGAUCAGGCUACAGCACAGACCUGUGUAUACAGGUGCUCUCUCCUCCCACCAGUCUGACUCUGUCCAUGGACUCAGAGGUGACAGAGGGACAGAAUGUCUCCAUCACAUGUCGUGUGGACAGUUCUCCAGUGUCCACCCUGACCCUCAGCAGGACCUCACAGGGUUCUCCAGUGGAGCUGCUCAGAGACACUGAGCACAACUCUCUGAUCUACUCUGUCACUGUGACCUCUGCCCAUUCAGGAGAAUACACCUGCUCCUCCCACAACAGUGUGGGCUCAGACAGCACCAAGAGGUCACUCACCGUCAAAUAUGCUCCUCAGAAGGUGAGAGUCCAGGCUGAUCCAGGUCUGAUGGUCAAAGAGAACACAACACUGACGUUACACUGCAGCGCUCUGAGCCAUCCUCCUGUGAGCUCAGUGACCUGGAGCAGGGGCCCCACGGGGCAGGAGUCCCUUGUGCACACGGGGCCCACCUUCAGUGUGAGCUCAGUCAGUGUGAACGACAGUGGCCUCUACAGCUGCACCGCCCACAACCAGGUCGGACAAGGAACGUCUCCACCAGCUGAAGUUCAAGUCAUGUUUGGUCCAAAUCAGGCUGUGGUGCUGAGAGCAGAGGAGGAGCAGGGCCCUGAUGGGAGCAGCUCAGUGACUCUGAGCUGCAACAGCCACAGCUUCCCCCCGGUCAACCUCUACACCUGGUACAGGAGGACGGAGGACGGAGAGCUCAAAGUGUCUGAGAACAUCAACUACACUGUGCUGUCCACACAGCCCGGAGUCUACUACUGCACUGCCAAGAACCAGAUCAGUGAGAGCACGUCUGAGCCAGUCAGCCUCUUUCUACAGGAAAGCUUUGUGAAGUACAUUGGCCUGGCUCUGGUGCCCCUGCUGAUCAUCUUAUGUGCUUUCAUUGUUUACAGGCUGAAAAUAAAGAGGUCUGUUGAAGGGGUAAGAACCAACAAGCCCUGGUGGAGGAGUUGUUCAAAGGCUCUGGGACGAUGGCACAGCUCCAGAGGCUGCUCAGAGGAUGUCCAUGCAGAGACACCUGGAAGGAGAGAUGUCCCACCACCUCAGCAGAGAGCAGACGUGAUGAACAGUACAUCCAGUGCCAAUGCUCUUUACUCCACUGUGAACCUCCCCAAACAUAAACAAAGCCGUCCUGGCACAAGUGAUGAAAACAUCGCCUCAUUCUUCUACGCCUCAGUGCACUUUGACAAGAACCCAUCGACUCUGAUCCCCAAAGAAAGAGAGGAAGUCGUCUACUCCACUGUAAAGAAGCAUCAUGAGGAAGCAGGAGAUGUCUAUGAGAAUGUUAGAAAAAAGGUGGAUUGUUCAGCUGCAGCAGACAGCAGUGAGGAUGAGGUGGAUGUGAGUUACUCCAAGGUGAACUUGAGGAGUCGAGUGACGGCAGCGGAGGAGGAGUACUCAGAACUCAACUUCUAAACACACUUAGGAUCUAUUGACUCUGUGCACAGAAGUAUGUUAGCUAGCUCACUGUGUCUCAAAACUAACAGUCACUAGAGUUAAAUUAUUUUACAUGUUGUCAGUGACAUCCACCCACAACUCUCUGUCCACUGCCUUAUCUUUAAGUAUUUAUCCAUUUUAGCACGACUCAGCAAAAACACAUAGAUAUACAAUUACAUAGGAAGUAGUGAGUCUAACAGUGUGUUUGCCGGGCCUGUUGUGCACAGAGAAUAUUACAAGAAACUCAUGAAAUACUGUAAAUGAAACCAGGAACACCUCACCCUUACACUGCCUACAGACGCCACAUCUCAACCCAUCUUCACCACAGCAGCAGAACCAUCAGCCUCCUCAGUCUCUCCUUCUCCUCACUCAUCUGUCUAAGUCUGUUGAAGUCUCUCCUGGUUGAAUCAUUGUGUUACUGUGUGGUCAUUUUGUAUUAGCUCUGCCUUUCACACAGCUUUUAAAUUGUGUUUUGUUUUAUUUUGGGGGGAUUUAUUCUUUUUGUAUGCAAAGAUAUUUUCAAUAAAGUGGUUUGUAACGUUAUAGCAA